AUGAGGCGGACCCCCGAUGUCGUCAAGGGCAUUGAGGGCGAGAAUGAUUUUUCCGGGAAGCGUUACGUGUGGCUUAAGGACCCACAGAGCGCUUUCGUGAAGGGCUGGGUCGUACAGGAGUUGGGAGGAAAUAGGAUAUUAGUACAGUGUGACGACGGAAGUCAACGAGAAGUCGAUGCCGAGAGUGCAGACAAGGUCAAUCCUGCAAAGUUUGACAAGGCAAACGACAUGGCCGAGCUCACACACCUUAAUGAAGCAUCCGUCGUGCACAACCUGCAUAUGAGAUACCAAGCAGAUUUGAUAUACACUUACUCGGGUCUUUUCUUGGUGACAGUCAAUCCGUACUGCCCAUUGCCCAUCUAUACGAAUGAGUACAUCAAUAUGUAUAAGGGCCGGAAUCGAGAGGACACCAAACCACACAUCUUCGCCAUGGCCGAUGAGGCUUUCCGAAACCUCGUCGACGAAGGCGAAAACCAGAGUAUUUUGGUUACUGGAGAGUCUGGUGCAGGAAAGACCGAGAAUACCAAGAAGGUUAUCCAGUAUCUCGCCGCGGUAGCCCAUUCAGAUGCGCCAGUUAAGAAUCGCGGCCAACACUCCAACCUAUCUGCUCAAAUCCUCCGGGCAAAUCCGAUUCUGGAGGCCUUCGGGAAUGCACAGACUGUCAGAAACAACAACUCGUCUAGAUUUGGCAAGUUCAUUCGUAUAGAAUUCACAAACACGGGAUCAAUCGCUGGCGCCUUCAUCGAUUGGUACCUUCUUGAGAAAUCGCGCGUUGUACGCAUUAAUAACAAUGAGCGGAACUACCAUGUCUUCUAUCAGCUACUUAAGGGAGCUGAUCGACGCCUGAAGCAAGAUUUCCUGAUUGAUGGUCUCGACGUCGAAGACUUCGCCUACACUCGUGAUGGCCAAGAUACGAUCACUGGCGUAUCGGAUCGAGAGGAAUGGGAUUCCUUGAUGGAAGCGUUCGGUGUGAUGGGCUUCUCAGACAAGGAGCAGAGUUCAAUUCUGCGUACCGUGGCAGCAGUUCUUCACCUAGGAAACAUCACUGUGAUGAAGGAAAGCAGAUCCGCAGAUCAAGCACGCCUAGCGCCUGAUGCAAAGCAGGUUGCUGAUCGAGUGUGCAAACUUCUUGGAGUGCCGCUAGAGCCAUUUCUCCAGGGUCUCCUACACCCUAAAGUCAAAGCCGGCCGCGAAUGGGUCGAAAAGGUUCAAACACCAGAACAAGUACGGCUCGGAGUCGAUGCCCUUGCAAAGGGUAUCUAUGAACGUGGAUUCGGAGAUUUGGUGACAAGAAUCAACCGUCAACUAGAUCGAACUGGUAUGGGACUGGAUGAUUCCCACUUCAUUGGAGUUCUGGACAUUGCUGGCUUCGAAAUAUUCGAAGAGAACAGCUUCGAACAACUCUGCAUCAAUUACACCAACGAGAAGCUUCAGCAAUUCUUCAAUCACCACAUGUUUGUCCUAGAACAAGAGGAAUACGCCAGAGAACAGAUUGAAUGGCAGUUCAUCGACUUUGGUCGCGAUCUUCAACCAACUAUCGAUCUCAUCGAGCUACCCAACCCGAUCGGUAUCUUCUCAUGUCUUGAUGAAGACUGUGUAAUGCCCAAAGCAUCAGAUAAGUCUUUCACUGAGAAACUCCAUUCCUUAUGGGACAAGAAAUCUCCGAAAUAUCGAUCGUCACGGCUGCGGCACGGUUUCGUCCUCACCCAUUACGCCGCUGAAGUCGAAUAUUCGACUGAAGGAUGGCUAGAGAAGAACAAAGAUCCCUUGAAUGACAACAUCACGCGAUUGCUCGCUGCGUCAACUGACAAGCACAUUGCGACCCUCUUCGCUGACUGCGCCGAUACGGACGACGACAUUGGCGGUGUGCGGAGCAGAGUGAAGAAAGGACUCUUCCGCACAGUAGCUCAGAGGCACAAGGAGCAGCUAUCGAGCCUGAUGGCACAACUUCACUCGACCCAUCCACAUUUCGUAAGGUGUAUUCUACCAAACCACAAGAAACGGCCAAAGCAGUUCAACAGUCUCCUCGUCCUUGAUCAGCUGAGGUGCAACGGUGUCCUAGAGGGCAUCCGUAUUGCCCGCACUGGUUUCCCCAAUAGGCUGCCUUUUGCUGAGUUCAGACAGCGAUAUGAAGUCUUGUGCCGUGACAUGCCCAAGGGGUAUCUAGAAGGACAAGCCGCAGCAGCUAUUAUGCUCGACAAGCUUGGUUUGGAUAGAGCCCUAUUCCGAGUAGGCCUGACAAAGGUCUUCUUCCGAGCAGGAGUGCUUGCAGAGCUGGAAGAGCAACGUGAUACGCUUAUCACGGAAAUCAUGUCUCGUUUCCAGUCUGUUGCUCGUGGCUAUAUGCAGCGGCGAGUCGCCUAUAAGCGACUGUAUCGUGCAGAAGCAACAAGAGUCAUCCAGCAAAAUUUCCGCGUGUACCUCGACCUAUGUCAAAACCCUUGGUGGCAACUACUUGUUAAGAUGAAGCCCUUGCUAGGUGCCACCAGGACAGCUUCUGAGGUGAAGAAGCGAGAUGAACUCAUUCGUCAACUCCAUGAGAAGAUGCGACAAGAAACCACAGAUCGUCAACGACUUGAGGAUGAAAGGCGAAACGUCCAUACGGAGAUGCUGAGGAUUCAACAGACCCUCGAAAGUGAACGCGCUCUAGCACUAGAUAAGGAAGAGAUCUUCAAACGAUUACAGCUCCGAGAGGCAGAGUUAGAAGACAAAUUGGCUGGUGCCAUCGAAGACGCUGAGAAGUUGGAGGAUCAGCUUGACGAUCUUCUAGACUCCAAGAAGCGUGCCGAAGAUGAGGUCGAGAAGUACCGCAGCCAAUUGGAGCAGGCAGCGGCUCUAAUUGCUCGCUUGGAGGAAGAGAAGACCGAGCUUGCCGGCCGCGUUAGCGAUCUAGAACAAGCCAUCGAAGAUAUCUCCCAACGACAGUCAGAACGAAGUCAACAGGAGGCCGCCCUAGAGGACGAAGUACAUAUGCUCCAAAGUCAACUAGCUCUCAAGGACCGAAAAGCCCGCGAUCUCGAAGGCAAACUGCUGAAGAUUGACCAAGAUGCCGAGGUCAAAUUAGUGGCGGCCCAGAAAGAACUCCAAAACUAUAGAACUCGUGAACAAAAGCUGAUUGCCGAGAAUCGUGAUGUCCAGCAUCAACUGUCGACUCUAUCUAAAACGUCUACCGACUAUGAAGACCUAGUUCGGAAAAAGGAGAGUGAGUUAGCUCUCCUCCGAGGGGAUAAUAAGAAGUACGAGAUGGAGAAGCGUUCCUUCGAUGAUCAGCGCAAGAUGCUCGCAUCGGAAAAGGAGAAGGCUACUGGCAGACUUAGAGAAGUACAGGCUGAGGUUGUAGCUCUCAAAUCUCAACAAUCACAGCUUCAGCGUGAGGCAGAAGAUGCGAAGAGGAUUCUUCAGGCUCGACUUUCCGAAGAUGCGCAAGCAGAUCAAAAUCGCCAGGUCUUGGAAAGCCAAAUCAAGGACUUGAAAGGCGAAUUAUACAACAUCCAGAUGGAGUUGAGUAGGGAGCGACAGUCCCGCGAUGAUGUCCUACUCCUUGGCGAACACAAGUAUCAAACCUUGAAGGAUGAAUACGAAGAACUCAAAGAGUCCAAAAUCACGAUCGAGAAAGAACUCUACGCGCAACAAGACACCUUGCGGAGGACCCUGGAAGCCCGAACAACAGCUGAAAAAGAGCGAGAUGAAGCAAGACAAGAAAUUCGAAGGCUUCGAGCUGCCAAGUCACAAGCUGAAGAAGCUCGCCGAGAGGCUGAGGUUGCUGGCGAGCGUGCUGCAUCCCGUGUUGCCAAGGACCGCGAGCACAGCCUUCGACAAGAUCUUGAUGCGGCUCAAGAGCGAUUAAGGUGGUUCGAAGCAGAAUGUGCGAAGCUCAACAAGCAGGUCGAGGAUCUCAAUAAGAUGAUCCUGUCCUCUGGUAACUUUGGAUUAAAGAAUGACCAGGCUAAGGAACGACUUGAACGAGAACUCCACACUGUCAAGAGCCGUUUAACUGCUUCGGAAAAUGACAACCGUGCAUUGCUUAACAAGUUGCAACAGAAGGGUUUGGAAAUCGCUCGUUCGAGCUCAAGAGCCAGUGAAGCAUCCCGUGGGCAGCUGCAAUUCCUUCAACGUGAGAAGACGAGACUGGAUGAACAGAACAACAAGCUGAACAAACAACUCGGCGAGUCACAAAUCACGAUUGCCUCCUUGGAAAAGAAGCUCGAAAAGCUGCAACUGAAUCUCGAGGAUCUGAACCAUGAAGUUGCCCGAGAGGUCAAGACAAGCCGUAAUGCAGAAAAGUUGUCAUCCAACUUCACAGUGCAGCUUGCCGAAGCAAAUCGCAAUGUCGAAUCAGAACGUCAACUGCGUACUCAGGCUCAGGGAACCGUGCGCACGCUCCAAGCAACCCUUGAUUCUCGAGAUAAGGAAUUGACUGAGCUCCGGGCUCAAAUGCUCAAGGUCCUGAAGACUGUCGAUCCAGCAGCUGUGCCCAAUAUUGAGGUUGAUGGUACCAAUGAGAGGGUCUGGAGCCAGAACUUCGAUUUGGUUAGGAAGAUUGAGGAUUUGCAACAGAACCUCCGCGUACAGACUGCAGCACGAUCCAAUGCGGAAGCACAGCUUGCUGAUCUAAGAGCUUCGAGGAACGACACCCCGAGCCGACCUAAACUUGAGGAGAUCGACCUUAAUGAGGCACCCUUCAAUGGCUCGCCCACCCAGAGGCGCAAUAAGAUGAAUGGACGCAAGAUCUCGAACACCUCUACGCCUACUCGACGGUUCAAUAACAAUGAGCCAGAUCCUGUCCAUGAUUCUCUUCGCUCAGAACGGACUGCAGACAUUUUGAGUUUCAACAACCGCAUGGAUCUCAAGACCGAGCUAGAGGAACUUCAAAACCAGCUGCAGCUCGCACAACUGCAGAACCGCCACCUUCAGAGCCAACUGGAUCGAGCAACCCCGGGACCUGAAACCUACUCUUCAGAUAGCCCAUCUGCGAGGCGGGUUCAGAAACUCGAGAAGGCGAAUAGUCGUCUACAUGACAUGCUCGACGAUUCUGCUAAGAAAGUAUCGGCGUUGGAGAAAACAAUACGGACUGGCCAAUUAUCUCUGCAUGAUAUCCAGACCCGUUCUCACGAAGAGAUCCUUGACCUACUUAACAGCCAGGAAGAUUCAAGGCGAUCGCUCCUUCACAGCCAUAAAGAUGCUGUGGCCGAGCUGACAGACGUCAAAGAGCACUUCGACAAGCUCAGGCACGAUCGAGCCAAGCUCGAAGUGGAUCUGCGCGAUGCAAAGUCCGACCUUCAGGAAAUGGCUCUUGCAAGAGAACAAGAAGCAAGCAGCCGCAGCCAGUUGCUGCAGGAGUUCUCUGACCUCCAGAUAAGACUGGACGCCGAGACCUCCAAGCUUGCAGAUGUCACUGCCAGUCUCAAUCUAUACAAAAGCCGUGCAGACGAAUACUUUGGGAAGCUUGAGCAGGCCGAAAUAGCCGUACUCAAGGCCAACCGAGCCGAACAGUUCGCAAGAACGCAAGCUAAGGAAGCUGAGGAUACCUACGCAACAGUCAUGGCAGAGCGGAAGAAGAUGGAUGGCAUGGUCGAGAACCUUCAACGCCAGCAGCAACGUCUAGAGGAGAAGAUCGAAGACAUGUCUACGGACCUCGAGGCAGUGACACAAGCCAAGAAGCGGUUGCAACAUGAACUUGAGGAUUACCGAAAUCAACGUGCGAUGGACAUUGAAGACACCGAGUCAAGUAUGGAGCAGACCAGGAAGAAGUACCAAGCAGAGUUCGCGACACUCACCAAGGAACUUGACCUAGCCAGAGAAGAGAAACUCUUUAAGCAGGCCGAAAUCACUCGGCUCCGCGAAGAGCUUGAUGACCUCCGCUCUAAGUGGGAUGAUGAGGUGCUCAAUAGCUCUACUUGGUCCAAGGAGAAGUCACGUCUCGAGGCCACGCUUUCUGAUGUCAUGUCUUCACGCGACGAAGCUGUCAAUGCCCAUAACGAUGCCCAAGGCAAGAUAGUGAAUCUACUAUCUCAAGUCCGCACUCUCCGAUCUUCAGUAGACGAUGUUGCUGCGGAGCGUGAUGCGCUUAUUCGCGAAAAGCGCAGCCUGGAAGUCCGUCUCGAGGAAGCCAAGGCUGGGCUUGAUGACCUUGCUAAAGGCGACAGCCCGUCACUUCGCAAUGCGGCAAACAUUGACAAGGAAAUUCUUGAGCUCAAGUCCAACCUUGCGCAGCAGGAGGAUAUUGCUGCUGCUGCAGUGGAGAAGAUGAGGCGUGCUGAGGCGCUUGCUUCUGAAGUGCAGAAGGACAUCACCGUAGAGAGAGAAGCUAGUGUUCAACUUCAAAAGGAGAAGGCUGCACUGGAAAAGUCACUGAACGAAGUCCAGGUCAAACUUGUUGAUUUGGAGACAAAGGGGUACUCGAGCGCUAGUCAGGAUAUUAAAUUCUUGCACAAACGAAUCCAGGAGCUCGAGUCACAGCUUGAGGUCCAGGAAACUGAGCGAAGCAAGUCUCAACGAUCGGUCCGUAAUGUGGAUCGCGUUGUCAAAGACCUACAAGGUCAAAUUGAUCGCAAGGAGAAGCAGAACUCGCAAAUGCAGGAUGACCUGAGCCGCAUGCGAGACAAAGUCGAUAAGCUGCUCAAGACAAUUGACGAACUCCAGUCCUCAGAGUCCACCAACCAGCUAAGUGCGCGCCGAGCUGAGCGGGAACUGCGAGAGGAGAAGGAGAAGAGCCUCAGACUCGAGCGCGAGCUCGAGGGCUGGAAGCAUAUUCGUAUGGAGAAAGGCUCUGCACUCGGUAGUGUGGCCGGUAGCGUCAUUGGCUACGGAAGCAUGAGGAGGAAUGGUACCAUGAGCACCAUGCGGUCGACUUUGACGAGCAGCGAGAAUGAUGAUGCGUCUAUUCACGGGGUCGAGAUCCCAAAGCGAAAGAGCAGCAUUAGUCGUGUGCCGAGUCUGACCAAGGGGUUUUUGUAA